AUGGAGACUUUAAACGCUGAGCCCAGGCUGCAGAGCCAUGCUGAGAAGAAGAGGCUGAACCGAGCACCUUCUCCUGCUAGACCCUUCCUAAGGGACUCCCACUCCAGGGCACCCCCUGCGAAACCUUCAGUGCUGCCCCCCAAGUCUCCCAACCUGGGCCACCAGUCCCCUGGGCAGCUAGCCACUCAGAGCCGCUUGUCCAGGCGCAGCGCUCCUGCCAAAGAUAAGCCGAGCACGGCCAAGGCUAGCGCCAAGGCGGCACUGAGCAGCAAGAGGGCAUCCAGGCCAUCGCAGGGGGAGCCGAACAGCAAAGGGGGCACCAGGAGAGAGCUGCAGCAUGCCCCCUCCUCUCCCCUGACUGCAGCAGGUAGAAGUCGCAGGACGGUGCAGAGAUUGGAGAGCCCGGCUCCGGGGACCUGCCUAGUACGGCUCAGCCACACGGACAGCAGCUCAGACCUCUCCGACUGCCCCUCCGAGCCCCUGUCCGACGAGCAUCGCCCCCUGCCAGCCCACAGCAGCGACAAUGAGUCGGCCUCCAGCAAGCAGGUGGUGGCAUCGGUGCCAGACAUAGUUGUCAUAGUGGGGUCGGAGAAGAGCCGAGCGGGAUCGGUGAACGAUGACGCCCGCGGAGCAGAGAGCAGCUCGGUUAAAAGUCCCGCACCGCCAAGCCAAGGACAAGAGGAGGACUUGCUCAGGGAGUUGGACGAGCUGCGAUCGGAAAAUGACUAUCUCAAGGAUGAGCUUGAUGAGCUGCGCGCAGAAAUGGAGGAGAUGCGUGACAGCUAUCUGGAGGAAGAUGUUUACCAGUUGCAGGAGCUCCGACGGGAGCUUGACCGAGCCAAUAAGAACUGCCGUAUAUUGCAGUACCGCCUCAGGAAAGCAGAGCAAAAAAGCUUAAAAGUUGCACAGACCGGCCAAGUGGAUGGGGAGCUCAUCAGAAGUCUAGAGCAAGACUUAAAGGUAGCCAAAGAUGUAUCUGUGAGAUUGCACCAUGAACUGGAGAAUGUGGAAGAGAAGCGAAUCAAAGUGGAAGAUGAGAAUCAAAUAUUGCGUCAGCAAAUCAUUGCAAUGGAGGUGACCAAGCAGGCAUUGCAUAACGAGCUAGAAAGGACAAAAGAGAGUACGCUAAAACGAAGAGGAAGCAGAGAGAUGCACAAAGAUAAGAAGACCGUUAGCCAGGAGGAUAGUGCCGAUUUAAAAUGCCAGCUUCAAUUUGCAAAGGAGGAAGCAGUGCUGAUGCGGAAGAAAAUGGCCAAACUUGGUAAAGAGAAGGAUGAUCUAGAGCAGGACCUGGAGAAAUACAAAUCAGUUUAUGGAGAUGUAGAAAGUCCUCUACCAACAGGAGAGACCGGGGGCCCACCCAGCACUAGAGAAGCUGAGUUAAAACUGCGUCUUAAGUUGGUUGAAGAGGAAGCUAAUAUCCUUGGAAGGAAAAUAGUUGAGCUAGAAGUGGAAAACAGGGGCAUUAAAGAAGAAAUGGAAGACCUCAGGUGUCAGUAUGAAAAAGAAUUUCUAAGCAGGGAGUAUGUUUCAAGCAUUCCUACCUCACCAUAUGGUGAUUCCAUGGAAUCUGCCACAGAGCUACGACGCCACCUCCAGUUUGUGGAAGAGGAAGCAGAGCUGCUGAGGAGAUCCAUUUCCGAGAUAGAGGAUCACAAUAAACAGCUUACAACUGAGCUGAAUAGAUUUAAGUUUGGUCCUGUACAGGACCUUGUCUGGAUUGAUGACAACUCUUCAAAAUGCAAUGGGUCAGUACAGGAAGAGCUGAAGACAGCCCGUAUUCAGAUAAGUGAGCUUAGCACUAAGGUAAUGAAACUUCAGUACGAAAACCGAGUUUUAUUAUCAAAUGUUCAACGCUAUGAUCUUGUGUCACACUUGGGAAUGCGAACAGCAAGCCCACGUGAUAGUGAUGCAGAAAGUGAUGCAGGGAAAAAAGAAAGUGACAGUGAAGAUGGACGUCAUGUUCAAUCAAAAAGGGAAGGUCCUAUUGGUGGAGAGAGUGACUCAGAAGAUGCGUAUGAGAAGACCUCAGGUUUUGAGAGUGUAAAACCCUCUGAGGUUGGUGAGACAUAUUGUGCAGAAUUGCUUAAACUGAGAGAAGAUGCACACUGUUUUAUGAACAUGAAACAUGAGGCUGAACGACUAGGAAAGACCGUAGAGCGUCUCAUUACAGACACAGACAGCUUGAUCUAUGAUGCCAAAUUGCAGAUGACGAGCAGUUCUAUGGAGGAAGUGUUGAAGGGCUGUCCAGACAGAGGAGACGCCUCUGGGUCGGAAGUUUUAAGCAGCAUCAAUACCAAAAUGAAAGUAUUCAGGAAAGAGUUGCAUAACUUUCUAGAAAUUGUUGAGCACACAGGGGAAGGUCUAAAAGAGCAUGCAGAAGACCUGUCCCCAAUGCCACAUCUCACAGAAUCAUCUAGUUUCUUGUCCAACCUGACCUCUGCUUCUCGGGAUUCUCCAAUUGGAAAUCUUGGAAAAGAACUCAUAACUGACUUUCAGUCCAAGCUGAGGGAACAAAUGGAAUGGCAACCUCACCAUGAACAUGAAGAAGAUUCCCAUCGUCUCCUUGUAAAUCAUGAAUCACAUCGCAGAGCAGAUGGGGACAGUAAGCACUACAGGCCAGGAGACAAGGGCGGUUUCAGUCUAGAGCUCUGCAAUCACGUAUCGCCUGAAAAGAAUCCAACACUACGUGAACUGCAGGCUAUUCUUGAACAGGAAAGGAGACUUCACCAAGAGGAGCAUGAAAAGGUGACAGACAGGCUCAUCCAGCUGGAGGAGGAACACUUGAAGAACAUUCGGAGGAAAGACUUGGAAGUUCAGAGUCUCACACUACAGAAUAAAUUGGAGGAGAAAACAUGGGGCCAAGAAAAAAGUCUCUUACAGCAAGAACUAAGGAACUUUAAGCAGAAUGUCUUUGUUUUGUAUGUCAAGCUGAAAUGGCUUCUAGCACAUUGGCGCCAGUGCAAACGGGUAGAGGAGGAAGAAGCGGGGGAUGAAUUGCUUCAGAUUGAACAACUAAAUACCCUUCCUGAGUUUGCUGGCCACCUUGACUUCAGAGGAAGUGAUCCUGACUUGGAGGAAGCAGAAGAAGAUGAGGACGAUGGAGUGUUUGCCUUAACAGAUUAUCCCCAACAUUCCACAAGCGAGCACAGCAGAGACCUCAGCCCCCAGCUACAGACACCUGAACUACUCCAGCAUCAGAAGCAGGCUACUGAAAAUCAUCGCCUUCUUGCUGCAUUUAAGGGCUUAGUGGAUGAUUUCCGAUUUGAGCUGCGGGAUGAAGCCACAGACAAACAUGAGAGUCAGCAGUUAUAUGCAGAAGAUAAAGCUACUUGGGAGAUUGAAGAGACAGAACUAAGAUGUCGCCUGGAGCAGUAUGAAGUGAGGAGGCCUAAAGUGCCGGGAGACUUGAGCCCCAGUGAGGUUCAGGUAUCUAACAGUCAGGAGCGAGAGGAGCACAAGAAGUUGCUUUCCGAGAGCCACCGUUUGGUCAUGGACCUCCACAGGCAGGUACAGCAGAGUGAAAAGAACUGGAGUCGGGAGAAGGGAGACCUGCUCGAUCGAUUUGAAAGGGAAAAACGUGACUGGGAAAAGCAAAGAAAGGAAUUCCUCAGGAAAAUAGAGCAGCUUCAAAGGGAAUCAAGUCCUCGGAGAAAAGAUAGCUUCCUUGCUGACCAAAGUGAUGAUGGUGAUGGGGAAUAUUCAGCCAAGGCUGUGCUGCAUUUGCAUGGAGCUAGGUCAUUUUCUGACUCUGAUGAUAUGCAGUUUGAGGAACAGUUACUGCCUAAGCUGAAGGGGUCCGAUCGCUGUACUGGUUCUGAGAAUCUCUUUCUUGAUGCACUUUCGCUGGAUUCUGUUGAUGAGUCUGAUUUAACUCAGCCCUGCAAGUUGGAGCGUGAUAAGUUCUCCGCUGAGGAUGAUGCACAAAAAGGAGGUUUGCAGAGGGUCAUGUCUGUGUCCUCCAUGUCUGAAUUUCAUCAAUUAAUGGAAAGCUCUCCUUUCCUGCCGGACAAGAACUUAGAUCUUUCUAGUGACAAGGAUGAGUUAACACCACCCUUGUCUCCUGAUGAUCUGAAGUAUAUUGAAGAAUUUAACAAGAAUUGGGAUUACAAUAAUGUGGGCCAGGGUGAUAAAAUGGUAUGUGUGGAUAGAACUGGAAAUGGGAAAAUUGAAUAUGAAUCAGCUUCUGAAACAUUCCAGUCAUCUUCAUGGUUUCUUACCACGAGUGUUACUAUGACAACAAAUACUUUGACCAACCCAGAUCACUGCCAGAAGCAGCUGUCUCCAAGCCACGAUGUUACAGACAGAAUGGGGGUUAGGGUCUUCCACAGCCCACAAGUGGUUCGAAGGUUUGACACAUCUGCAAAUGAUGGCAAUGAUGAGCAGGAGCACCUAGACCCAGACUUACUCUUUUCCGCGACCAAAGCCAAGGGAAAUGUUUCUGAGGCAAAACUUGGUGGUACAGAGGUAUUUGGGAGAUGGUCAUGUGAUCUCAAUAAGCACCACAAAGACUUCCAUGAGAGUAACCUACACCCUAUGGAUCGUCCUGUUUGCACUACUGUCAGUUUUGCGUCUUCUCUGCACAAUAUAGAGUUGUCAAGGAACUUGAGUGAUGACAUGAAAGAAGUAGCCAAUUCUGUUAGAAAUGCGAUUCGAUCAAACUCAGUAGAAUCUCAAUUUAGAGACAUUGCUUGUCAGACCAAUGGUUUAAAGAGUACAGGAACACAAACAACUCAAACAAUUAGUGUUGGUUUGCAAACCGAGGCUUUACGAAGCGUUACCAGCAGUCCACUCAAGUGUCUGACACCAAAGGGAGUUUCUACUCCUGUAUCAUCACCUUCACGUAGUCUGAGGAACAGGCAGAUUUCUCCAGCUAUUGAAAAAGUUCAAGCAAAGUUUGAACGAAAUUGUUGUUCUCCUAAAUAUGGUUCUCCAAAACUGCAGAAGAAAACACUUGCUAAAACAGAUCAGCCAACAAAAUGUGUUACUUCUGGUACUUCCCAGAAAGGCUUCAAUGAAUCUGCGUGGGCUAGGUCAACAACAACCAGGGAAAGCCCUGUUCAUACCACAAUUAAUGAUGGACUUUCAAGUCUUUUUAAUAUAAUUGAUCACAGCCCAGUAAAUUGUGACCAUUUACAAAAAGUGUCAAGACCAAGCAGUAGAUCUAGGUCAGCAGAAACCAGACAAGACUUUGUAACUAUGCCUGACAUGUACAUGGAUGGCAGGGGGAGAUCUCCAAGUCCCAUCCGCAUAACUGUUGAGCUUCAAAGGGAUCAGUAUGGUGAUGUCAGCUCUAGACAAGAUCUCUCUGCCCCACCUGGUUACUCACUGUCAGAGAAUGCUGCCAGAAUACUUACCAAGAAAAUAUUAGAUGAUCAAAGACAAACACCAAAUAGUCCAACCAGAGGUUACAGAGACCACACAGCUGCAGAACUUUUAAAAAUCGAACAAGGAUCUAUUGAGGAACUGCCUUGUUCCGCGUUAGCUCCGUCCUUGGAAUCCAGUUUCUCCAGACCAGAGAGACCAGCGAACCGACGCCUGCCUUCCAGAUGGGCCUCACAUUCCCCGACUGCCUCCCGGGCUUCUUCUAGUGGUAAUCUUUAUGAGGAGCAGGGAAACAAGGACACACAAACAGAAGGAAGGAAUGUCUGAUGCCACCUUGCAUGACUUACCAGUCAUAUAAUCCAAUGUGUGUAAUUCCAUUUUCACACAGUCCAGUCUCUGCCAGUAGACAUCAGGAGUCCUUUACCAUCUAAGGAAUGAUAUGUGCAAUUGCUGAACAUUCAAUCUUUAACAUUGCUUGUUGUGUUUCUGC